AUGGACGAGUCGGAGGACGGCGAGGAGGAGUCCAAAUUCCAGCAGCCCCGACCACUUCAAGGAGCCAGCUCCACCGGAUGCGAAGAUGGGAACAGUAGUGGAAGAAUCAAGAUGAAGAAAUUUACGCCGGGAGGAGGGGGCGCGUCUAUUGCGCGCAGGAACUCCAACAACAAUGAGCAGUGGCUCCUGCAAGACGAGGAGUCCGCGCCUUUCGCUCCCACUGGCACCACAUCCCCUGCUCUGUUAUGUCAGAGGGAUGCUACUGGCUUGCGAGGCGGCUCAGACCAAAAGAGUGGAGGGGACACAGUCUCAGAGGCAGUCGUAACCGGUGUGGCAGGCGAGGGAGCCAUCGGAAUGAUAUGCAACAAAAACGGAGAUUGCAGAAGGGACCCGACCAGUUCAGGGAGCCUCUCCUCUCUCAUCUCUAGGCAGGAGAAGCAGACAGGUGGGAUAGUUGCAGCUGAAGACGGCAAAGGGCAGGCUGCAAGUAUGGAUGGCUCCAUCGCUUCAGCGGGGUCCCUGACACAGGGGCAGGGGGCCGAGGUUCCCGGGGUCACCACCACGGCAGCAGCUGAGAAAAAGGACUCCAGAGUUUCCUUCUCCAGCGCCCCCAACUCGGCCCCCGGACAGACUCCAAGCCAACAGUCCAGAAAUUCUGUGACAUUUACAAAAGCUGAGGAUGGCUCACAGAUUGUGCCGGAUGAUGCGGAUCCCAGAGACAAUCGGACAUACAUGCAGCGGCAAUUUAGUUCAAUGCUUCAGCCUGGAGUUAAUAAAUUCUCCUUGCGUAUGUUUGGCAGCCAAAAGGCGGUGGAGAAAGAACAAGAGCGCGUAAAAUCGGCGGGUAAUUGGAUUAUCCACCCAUACAGCGACUUCAGGUUCUACUGGGACUUCACCAUGCUGAUGUUCAUGGUGGGCAACUUGAUUAUCAUCCCAGUGGGCAUCACCUUCUUCAAGGACGAGACCACCACACCCUGGAUCAUCUUCAAUGUGGUCUCUGACACCUUCUUCCUCAUGGACCUGGUGCUCAACUUUAGGACGGGCAUCGUGUUCGAGGACAACACCGAGAUCAUCCUGGACCCCAAGAAGAUCAAGAAGAAGUACCUGAGGACCUGGUUCGUGGUGGACUUUGUCUCUUCCAUACCUGUGGAUUAUAUCUUCCUCAUCGUGGAGAAAGGGAUCGACUCAGAGGUAUACAAGACAGCCCGGGCGCUCCGCAUCGUCCGCUUCACCAAGAUCCUCAGUCUGCUGCGUCUGCUGAGGCUGUCCAGACUCAUUCGCUACAUCCACCAAUGGGAGGAGAUCUUCCACAUGACUUAUGACCUGGCCAGUGCUGUCAUGCGUAUAUUCAACCUGAUCGGCAUGAUGCUACUGCUGUGUCACUGGGACGGCUGUCUCCAGUUCCUGGUUCCCAUGCUGCAGGACUUCCCCUCCGACUGCUGGGUCUCCCUCAACAAGAUGGUGAACGACUCGUGGAGUGAGCUCUACUCCUUUGCCCUCUUUAAGGCCAUGAGCCACAUGCUGUGCAUUGGUUAUGGACGGCAAGCCCCAGAGAGCAUGUCGGACAUCUGGUUGACCAUGCUAAGCAUGAUCGUAGGAGCCACCUGCUACGCCAUGUUCAUUGGCCACGCCACUGCCCUCAUCCAGUCCCUAGACUCAUCCAGACGGCAGUACCAAGAGAAGUACAAACAAGUGGAGCAGUACAUGUCCUUCCACAAACUACCAGCUGACUUCCGACAGAAAAUCCAUGACUACUACGAGCACAGAUACCAGGGCAAGAUGUUUGAUGAAGAGAGCAUCCUGGAGGAGCUUAAUGAGCCGCUGCGUGAGGAAAUUGUCAACUUCAAUUGCCGUAAGCUGGUGGCGUCCAUGCCGCUGUUUGCCAAUGCUGAUCCCAACUUUGUGACUGCCAUGCUGACUAAACUGAGGUUUGAAGUCUUCCAGCCAGGAGACUACAUCAUCAGGGAGGGAACCAUCGGCAAGAAGAUGUACUUCAUUCAGCACGGGGUGGUCAGUGUUCUGACCAAAGGAAAUAUAGGCAUGAAGCUGAUGGAUGGGUCCUACUUUGGAGAGAUCUGUCUGCUGACUCGGGGCAGACGGACGGCCAGCGUGCGAGCGGACACCUACUGUCGACUGUACUCUCUCUCUGUGGACAACUUCAACGAGGUGCUGGAGGAAUACCCCAUGAUGAGGAGGGCCUUUGAGACUGUCGCCAUUGACAGAUUGGACAGGAUAGGCAAGAAGAACUCCAUCCUGAUGCACAAAGUACAGCAUGACCUCAACUCGGGUGUUUUCAACAACCGGGAGAAUGAGAUGAUCCAGGAGAUAGUUAAAUACGAUCGGGAGAUGGUUCAGCAGGUGGACGUACCACGACCUCGGGCUAUGUCCAUGACGCCUCCUCUGCAUGGUAGCAUCUUUGCUCCUCUGGGCUCCUCCUCCCAGCCACAGAGUUCAGCCAUCGCCACUCUCCAGCAGGCCGUAGCCAUGAACUUCUGUCCUCCUAUGGCAGGGAACCUGAUGGGAGCGGGGAACUUGCAGUCCCCCAGGAUGGUGAGGAGAUUCCAGGUGAUGCAAAGCGUGUCAAGCCCGGUCCCAGCUUCUCCUCUGCAGUCUCAGCAGUCCAUGCAGCCCCAGCUCCACGCUCCUGGUGCCUUUGCCCCAGUCCUGUCCAGCCCCCCUGUCCAGAGCCCAUUGGCAGUUGGAGGACGAUCAUUCCAAUAUGGAUCCAGUGCCCUGGGUGGUCCGUCCUCAGGCUCCCAGCUCUCUCUAGCCCAGCAGCACGUAGCCAGCCCCGCACACCGGCCCACAACACAUAUAAGCACCCAUUCUUUGCAAAUGGGUAGUCUGAGCCAGGACGCCAGGGCGCUGUCGGCUUCUCAGCCCUCGCUGCCCCAUGAUGGGACACAACCAGUAGCCCGCAGUCCGCCCCAAUCCACUCGAGUCUCCUCAACUUCCAUUGGACCCCCGCUAACCCCAUCUGGCCCCACAGGCCUCCGGAGUGCCAUACCACACAGAGUGGUGUUGCCCCACCAGAUGUCUGUGGGGGCUUUCCCUGUAGCAUCCCUCCCCAGCUCUGUGCAGGGGUUCGGGGCUGGUGCAGGGCUAGCAGUCGGGGGCGUGGGGACGGGGCUGGUGGACUCGGGACUACCCAAGAAGGACUCUAUAGGAAACCUUCCUGAGACAGACCACAUCAAAGUCAGAUCCAGGCUAUCCUCAAACUUGUGACCUUAAUUAUUCUCUUCUGAGGGAGCGAGUCGGUUUGACUGCAGGAACUCGAGGUGGGGGGGAGGUUUCUCUUCUCCCUCCUCUGGCUCCAAUAGUAGACUUCUCUCCACCCACUCCAGUCUGACUAUCUGAAUGUAUGAAUGCUGUGUGAGUGGUAGCCGGGAGAAUCUGAGGGGUCUGAGAGACUCUGAUGUGACUAACAUAAUGAAGUCUGUAUGAUGACUGGUGAAUCUGCAGCAUUGGGAUAUUUCUACUCGCAGGCAUAGAUGCACAGAGCAGUAGUGGUAAAGUAGCAUCUUCCCGCCUCUGCCUCCUUUAUUUACUGUAGUUCACUGUCAGCAUAGUCAGCAGCAUAUCUGCGUCACUUAUUUCUCAUCCACCUGCUUAUUAGUCCAAACAAUGCAAAUCUGGUGUAGGAUGGGACUAAAAGAAAAUCAGGGACCUGCUUCAGAUGACACGGUGAAGUUGGCACUUUACUGGCAUAUAGUAUCUACCACUUUUCGUCACUAGCCUGCCUGCAAAACAAGACGAUCUCCUCAUGACACCUUCAGUUUAGUGCUUUCUCUGGGCUUCAGACUGCUUUCCUAUCUUAAAAUCAAUGCAUAAAAACUUUAAAAAGGGAUUUUUUUCUCUCUGUUUCUUAAGUAUCCCUUAAAAAAUCUCUUCCAGACCAAAGUUGUGUGAACACAAAAUUGGAAAAUAUCAAAUGAGAGAGAUAGUAAUAAUAAUAAUAAUAAGUGACAACAGCGCUCUCCUUUGACUGCCUUUAUCCCAACAUUUCAAGCCAUAUUUUUCCACAGGCUACUACUGAUAUAAUGAAUAAAUGUAUUUGUAAAAUCAAACUGGCAUUUUUCAGGAACUAGUUGGCCUCUUUUGUAAGUCUUCCCUUCUAGACUAUAUAGUCUUUACAGAUAAAAAAAAAAAAUAAAUGUUGUAAGCCCUGAGGAUCUUAAGAUUAUAGACACAGAUUAUCCUUGAUACUGAAAUUACAGCUCGUGCGCUAAUUGUAUUGUUCCCACCAAGCCAUCCGUUCUCACAGGAAAUGUCUUCAUGUUUAAGAGUCUUGAAUAAACACGAUCUGGCAAAAA